UGAAGCUGUCAAUGACCAAUAGGAGCAGAGAAGGAAGUCAGGCGAGCGACACAUGGACGACAAUUCCCAUCGCCCCAUCGACGAUGACGAUGCCGACGGCGAUGCCCUGCGCGACGUCAUCCGACGCAAUCGCAGCGCCAGACGCGAGCGCCUCCGCGCCCAUAUCAAGCUCCUCCACGGCGAGAUCAACAAGCCUCUCGCCGCCGUCGUCCGCGACCGCGUCCUUCACUACCUCCCCGCCUGCUCCCUCCUCCGCUUCCGCGCCGUCGCCCCUUCUUGGGACCGAUUCAUCUCCUCCCCUUUCUUCGCCCACACCCAAUCCCACAGAAACCGCUGCAUCUCCGGCGUCUUCUUCGGAUCUCCCCCCUCCGCCUACGUCCACUUCCCUCCCGCUUCGGCCCAUAAAAUUCCCAACGAUGUUCUCCCCUUCUUAUCCGCCUGCUCCGUUUCCGUCAUCUCCUCUUCCAAUGGCCUCCUCCUUUGCUUCGAUGAAGACACUUCCACCUUCUACGUCUGCAAUCCGGUCACCGCCGCCUGGUACGCCGUCCCCUGCCCUCCCUGCGAUCCCGGGAAGGACCCCUCCGCCGUUCUCAUCUUCCUUACUGGCGUCUACAACUUUCGCCCUGACUACUUCAUCGUGCUGCCCUUCCGGAUCGGCGACGCCUCCUCGGGCUUUGUAGGGUUUCAGACCUUCUCCUCGUCUGUCGGCGGGUGGUGGGUGUCCAACGAAAUGUGCGAGGUUGAAUCCCUACACUCGGGCUCUGGCAUUGCCGCAGGCGGCGCGGCCUACUGGCGGACAACGAUGUUCACGGUGGUCCGAUACGACCCAACUGCGGACAGCGUCCUGACGGUGCCGUGGCCCAUGGGCCACGUGGCGGGGAUCCGGUGGGCGAUCGGCGAGAUGGGGGACAGCGGCCGAGUGUACUGCGUCGCCGUGACCCCCACGUCCGUGCAGGUACACAUGCUGCUUGGGAAGUCCGGCGAGUGGGCGAUGGUAGAAUCAAUGGGCGUGAUCGACGCACGGAUCUUAAACGAGGCGGCGGCCGAAGAAGAAAGAGAGGAAACAGAGGAAGAAGACGAAGAAGUUGUAGAAGAACAAAAGGAAGAGGAGGAGGCGCCGUGGGCGGUGGAGGCGGACGGCGAAGUGUUGUUCAAUCGGCGGCCAUGGCCGCUGAGGUUCCAGGGAGCGGACUCGGAGAUUCUGCUCUGGGUGUCGGGUAAAUUGGUGGGGAUCGACCUGGCAAGCAAGCGGCUGCGCAUGGCGACGGCCUACGGCGGACCUCCUAGACGCGACGACUACGUCCCUUACAUCAGCACAUUGGCGGCGGUGCCGCACUUGGGCGACACAAAAAUCUCAAUCUCUAAUCCCGCCGCUUUUUCACCGCCGCAGAGCAAGCGUGUUCGGUUGGAACCGGCGGCUUCCGACGGCAUUAGCGAGUAAGUAACAGGUGUUUUAAACAAGUGUUUUGAGAUUCGUUGAUAGCUCCGAUCGAAAUGACUUCUGUUUUCAAGUAAACAUGCAAAUGCUAAAUUUCCAUAACCAAAUUCAGAAUUGAUAAUUUUGGAUUCAUCGUUGCAAACAAUUUUCAAUUUCAAAACGAGUUUGUUUGAAUUUAUGUGUGCCUAGUGGAUACUCAUCUGUUAUGUAACAGUUAUGUCUUGGAUACUGUGGGUUUGAUAACUUAUUUAUGUUCAAAGUAUAGAGUCAAAGAAUUUGGAUGUUUA